UUUUCCUGAGGCGGAAUAGGCAGGCGGGCUAGUGGACGGGCUUCUCCUUUCCGCCUUCCGCUUCGCGGGGCGUCUGUUCUACCCCGGUCCGAACCUGGCGGAUCCAAGUUGGAGGGAAUCCGGGCGCGGCGAGAAGCUCUGAGUGGCCGCUCGGAGAGCUUUUCUGGAGCAGCGGUUACUGGAGGAGGAGGAGGAAGGGGAGGAAAAGGGUCGGAACGGCGGGGCAGAGUAGAAGUUUAACGAAGACAGCUUACAAGUAUAUGAAAAGAUGGUUAGAUCACGGUCAAGAUCACCACGAUGGAAACGAAGAUCUUUAUCACCAGUCUUCAGAGCACAGGAAUACAAUAGACAAAGGCAUUAUCACAUUGAUUAUGACUCUGAAUAUAAGAUUUUCCAAAAAGACUCAAAGAAACUUAUAUCUUGGAGAAUGGAAGAGGCAAAACAUGGGCAAACCAAUCCCAGAUAUAUACCACAUGAAGCUAACUAUCAUCGACUUCAUGAAUCCAGGUCAUAUUCCCCUUCUCUGAAAAGAAACCCUUCAGAACACAUUGAUAAUCAUAAAUCUUUUAGAACAUAUUCACCUGAAAGAAAUGAAAAUAUCAGAAGAAACCAAUUUACUUCCAGAUAUUUAGAAAUGUCUCACAAAGAACACCAUCAGUCAUUUUAUCCAUCUAAAGUACAUGUCAGAGAAAUGCAUGAAGAUACUAGAGCUGUUGGAAACACAAAAGAAAUGAAGACAUACCAUAGGCCAUUAAAGACUUUAUGUAAGUUUGAAAGGAAGUGGAAUGAAAAUGACUUGAGGCAGCACCAGUUACAAGAAGACAAGUAUGUUCAAUCAUCUCGAAGAUUUUCUAAUGAAUGUAUGCCAAGGAGUUCUUCCCAGAAGAGGUAUCCUGACCGUGAUUACAGAGAAUAUGGGCCCAGCUCUAAAAAGGUGAAUGAAAUGGAGAGGUAUGAUAGAGAAUCCGCAAGCAGUUCCAAAUGGAAGCAAAAUCAUUCUUCCAAUCAGAAAAAGGAAGAACAAAGAAAUCUUGAAGAUCAAUGGCGUGCUGAACUUAAAUACAGUAAUAAUUGUGAAACUAAGAUUACAUAUGAGUAUUCUCAUAAACAUCAUAGAUAUCCAGAUGGAGGAAAAUAUUCCUCUGAUGAAAAAGAGAAAUAUGUGAAGUUGGACAACGAGAAAUACAGCUACUGUAAAGGAGUUUGGAAUAGUAAAUAUUCACGUCGUCAUAGCAGUGACAGAGCAAGCCGAAUGGGAGAGCCUCACGCUGAAGUGGGAAUGAAAUAUAAUUCAGGGAAAGGCCGCAGUUCAUGUGCUAAAUUCUUAGAACAAAAUGAAAAAGAACAAGCAAAGAAAGAUGUGGAUUUUAGGGGAAGAAUAGAUUUUUCCAGCAGCUACCAGCAUGAUACCCAACAUAAAAUUUCAGAUGUUCAUGCUAGGAAAGAAAAGCUCACUGUCAAAGUGGAUAUGAAGAAAACAAUGCAUAAAUACAGGGCAGCUUCUGGUCAUAUCACGGAGAGGCAGACAUCAUGUGACCUAGUAGCUGUUGGUAAAAAACCUCAAAGUUUUCAUCCUGUUUUUGAACAUAUAAAAUCUGUGACGCAGAAGAUAGAACAAAACCCAUCAAAAGAAUUUGCUCAGGAAAUCAUCACAAUUAUCCACCAAGUUAAAGGUGGUUACAGAAAGUUAAAAACAUCUUGUUUCCAUGUGGUAUCAUCACUGUCUAGUAAUCAAAAUAUUUUGUAUGUCAUUAAUCCAGCAAAUUAUUUUAAAUCUUCUGACCUUACUUUAAAUGAGCGCUUCUCAAAAAUACAGGAGAUAUCAGGGGCAAAUGAAGUUAAAAGAUAUUUGGAUCCAGAGAUUCACAGGAGAAUUGAUAUGUCUCUGGCAGAACUUCAGAACAAACGAGCUAUUUCGUGUGAGUCUGGACAGAAUGUUGUGAGAGUUCUAGAGGAUCCAAAUGAUUUAAGACAUGACAUAGAGAGGCGAAGAAAACAGAGACUGGAGAAUGAAGAUGAAAAUAUAUUUUACAUUAAUAUCCCACAAAGGCAUGCACAGGAUAAUAGCUUUGUAAAACUUCAGAAUGCUCAAGCAUACAAAUACCAGAAAUCACCAAGAUUCCCAAGUCAGCCUUUCAGAAAAUUUAUUAAGAAACCAUACACGAGCCAUUAUACUGAAAAUUCACAUGAUGAUAUUGCAACCAAUCGAUUUAAAAGACCAAUUGAAAAUCCUGAAACAGUUCAAAGACCCAUCAAGUGCAGAUUUAUUGAUGGGCGCCCCCACUUCAGAUCAAAUUUAGUACAAAAGGGAUUGUACAUACAGGCUAAAUAUCAGCGGUUACGUUAUGCUGGAGCAAGAGGAGUUACGACUUAUAAAAUCAGAGAAGAACUUUUGAGAAAACAGCAGGAACUGGACAUCUGAACUACAGUACUGCAGUAGAUAACAAGUUUAAUUUUAGAAGUAACUGUUUGCAUUAAAUAAUGCUAUCAAGAAUUGAAAUGGAAAAACUUUUCUUGAUAAAGAUAAUUUUAUUUUUAGUAGUAUAAUGUUUCAGGUCUUUUCUACAGUUUUAAGAAUGCUUUUCAAAAAUAGCUUUCAACUGAACAUUGUAGGAUUAUUAUUUUGUUCCUCGUAAAGAGAAGUCUGAGGAAAAAAUCCCACCUGAAGGAAAUCUUUAUUUAUUAUCAUUUUUCCUCUAAGCAUGAUUUUGUUGCUAGUUGUUAUACAUAAAUUUAUAUGUUUAAAGUUUAUUGCUUAUAUAAUAAACAAACAAAAUAAUUACUUACA